UGGCCGUUAGGUCACCUGACGGACGCGCAAUGGCUACGCGUUGCCUCAAUGACGCAGAGUGGCGUCUUCAUUGUGUCUGGACGAAAUCGGAGCUGGCGAUGCCUGAACUUGAUUUUUCAGAUACUUUAAUAGUUUAAUCUGUGAAUGGCGCCAAAACAGGACCCUAAACCUAAAUUUCAAGAAGGUGAAAGAGUUCUGUGUUUUCAUGGGCCAUUGCUCUACGAGGCUAAGUGUGUAAAAGUUAAUAUCAAGGACAAGCAAGUGAGGUACUUUAUUCAUUACAGUGGAUGGAAUAAAAACUGGGAUGAAUGGGUCCCUGAAAGCAGAGUGCUUAAAUAUGUGGACACCAACUUGCAGAAACAAAAAGAGCUUCAAAAGGCUAAUCAGGAUCAUUAUGUUGAGGGAAAGAUGAGGGGUGUAGCACCAAGCAAGAAGAUUGCUGCUGUGCAGCAGAAAAACGUUGAUGUGAAAACAAAAAAGAAUAAACAAAAGACACCAGGGGCAGGUGAAGGGGCCAGCUCAGGGGAGAUGCCACAGCCCCCGCGAAAGAAGAGGGCUCGCGUUGAUCCCACCGUCGAGAGUGAGGAGACGUUCAUAAACCGCGUUGAGGUGAAGGUGAAGAUCCCGGAGGAGCUGAAGCCAUGGCUGGUAGACGACUGGGACCUGAUCACCAGGCAGAAGCAGCUUUUUCAUCUUCCAGCGAAAAAGAAUGUUGAUACGAUCUUAGAAGACUAUGCAAGCUAUAAGAAAUCAAGAGGGAACUCCGAUAACAAAGAGUAUGCUGUAAACGAGGUGGUCGCUGGUAUUCGGGAGUAUUUCAAUGUCAUGCUCGGCACCCAACUCCUUUACAAAUUCGAGAGACCGCAGUAUGCGGAGAUCUUGGCAGACCAUCCUGACGCACCCAUGUCCCAAGUUUAUGGAGCCCCGCAUCUGCUGAGGCUCUUUGUGCGAAUUGGGGCGAUGCUGGCCUACACUCCCCUAGAUGAGAAAAGCCUGGCUCUGCUUCUGAACUACCUGCAGGACUUUCUGAAGUACCUAGUGAAGAACUCUCCCACCCUCUUCAGUGCCACUGAUUAUGAAGUCGCUCCUCCAGAGUAUCACCGGAAGGCGGUCUGAGUAAUGCAGUCAUUCUUCCCAGGAUGGCAACUAAGGAUAUUUUCCAUCCCCCCCCUGUUCUCCAUCUCCUCCACUUGGGGCUCUGUCAGACAUUGUCCCAGAGUCCCAGGGGUAGAUCUCCGCAAGGGAAGCAGUAAUUUGACUUUGGACGUGCGAGUCAGACGUGCCUCCAAAUUGACCUUCACAUUCCAUUAUUCCACCCUUGAGAAGUUGAUGCAGCUUUUUCGGUUCAUAUCGGAAGGACAGUUCUAAUAAAAUUUGCUUGCAUAUUCCUAUAUAUACAUUUUGUUCCUCCCCUUUUUAUUUGGAGAGCUUGUUCAUCUACAUUGAUGUAUUUGUAUUAUGUGGAAACCCAACCAGAAGAGGCUGUCUUUUUUUUUUUUUUUUAAAUAGAAACACGGUGCUUUGUUUUUGUUUACAUUCAUUUUAUAAUAAAAUGUCACUGUUCUCAUUAAAUUCACGUGCGUGUCUGAAAUCCUUAUUCUGGCUUUCAUGGCAGCCCUGUUAAUGCAGUUUUGAAAUUUGAGAUCAGGAAUAUGGGAUUUUUAUAGGAACAAUGAACAGAUUCUGUUAGUGACUGCUUGCCUUAUAUUGCAGUGCUAAUGGCACUGAAGCUGGUUGUUAUCCUGUACAAUACUGGGCAUGGUUGUGUGUUCUGCUGUUUAUAAACCUGGGUGUGUACCAAUGUCAGUUUUGGCUCUCUCUUUGUAACCCGUGUGGUGAAUUUAUGCUGUUUCGUGAUCUGAGAACCUGCUAAUGACUGACAGGAUUUCUACGUGCUCUGUGGUCCUCACAUUUCAUUUGUCUGGAGCCAAAUUUUUAAAAAGGCAGCAUUAGGAGAUGUUUCGAAAGACAAUAACUAUUCAAAGUGCAUUUUUUAUUGUAACGUUUCCUGCUGGAAAUGGAAGCCUGUCAGGCUGAUGUGCGCUCAGUGCUGUGCGGUGCUGCUGCUCGGGGCUGGCAGUUCCCCAGUGUGAUGUGCGAGUGCUCGAGGCAGAUGAGGAAAUUGUCUGUGUGCUUGAAGGCUAACGCCUUAAGCACAGCAAACGAUGCCACACUUGUUGAAUUUCCUCUUACCUACGUGACCCGAACAUUGAUGUAUAUUUAUUUUCUGUCGCACCUGUGAUGUUUCAUCAGCCUUUGGUUCGCUGUCUACAAACACUAAAUAAAACGCAUUUUUCCUUUAAA